GAGGAGCUGGGGGAGGACGGUGGCCCGCGAGGCUCGAGCAGACAACGCGGCGGCGAUGUCCGCGAGCCAGGCGAGCGCCGCGGCGGUAGCGGCGGGGCCUCGCGCGUGGCUGGGCGGCCUGGACUGCGGCCUCCCCGCGGGUCCCUGGAAGCGUGCGCGCGGAGGGCGCGGGAGCAGUGGCGGAGGCCCCGGCGCGUCCUUCUGCCCCGCAGCCUGAGCCCGGGCGGCUGGAGGGCUUCGGCUGCCCGAGGAUGGGAAUUCUCUUCACCCGGAUCUGGAGGCUGUUCAAUCACCAGGAGCACAAAGUUAUCAUUGUUGGGCUGGAUAAUGCGGGGAAAACCACCAUCCUUUACCAGUUUUCCAUGAAUGAAGUUGUACAUACAUCCCCCACAAUAGGAAGUAAUGUGGAAGAGAUCGUGGUCAAUAAUACCCGUUUCCUGAUGUGGGAUAUUGGUGGUCAAGAGUCUCUUCGUUCUUCCUGGAACACUUACUAUACUAACACUGAGUUUGUAAUAGUUGUUGUGGACAGCACAGACAGAGAGAGGAUUUCUGUAACUAGAGAAGAGCUCUACAAAAUGCUAGCCCAUGAGGAUCUAAGAAAAGCUGGAUUGCUGAUUUUUGCCAAUAAACAAGAUGUUAAAGAAUGCAUGACAGUAGCAGAGAUCUCCCAGUUUCUGAAGCUGACUUCUAUAAAAGACCACCAGUGGCACAUCCAGGCAUGCUGCGCUCUUACUGGCGAGGGAUUAUGCCAAGGUCUUGAGUGGAUGAUGUCACGGCUGAAGAUCAGAUGAUCUCUACUGAGCCUUUCUCACGGACUCUGCAUCCACAAAAUACUGGACUUUACCUGAGAGCUGCAAAAAAACAAACGGUUCAGAUAUAUUUAUAAUAAACUGAUUUAAGAAUUUUUCUAUAAGAAGAAAAAGACCACUUAUUUGAAAACAAGGAUUAAAUGUCACUACCCAGUUUGCUCUCAAUUCCUUCCAAAAUGCUUCAAAGCUGUGGCUGAUUCUCUCAUGAUGGAUCCUCCCAGGAUAUGAGUAGCUGUGGCGAGGAACACGAGAGAGGAAGACAUUUGAAUUAUAGAGCUUUAUUGUCAGCGUGACUUGCCCAACCCACCCCAGGUUGAAUGUUCCCUUCUCAGUACAUUGAAUCAACUACAAAUCAGCACAGAUACUGUUUCCAAAUUUUAAAAAUGUAAUAUUAUGGAAAGUAUUUUGCUUAAAGUUGAAUAUGUAUUGUGUAUAUACCUCAAGUUCAGUUUAAUGGCUUUGAUUUGUGUUCUAAAGCAAAUAACACAAUAACCUUACCCUAGUGUCAUUUUGUAGUUAGCACUCUGUUCUUUGUACUGUCCUAACAAGCCAGCCCUGACCCAGAAUUGUUGAGCUGCUUCUUAAAAAAAAAAAAGGUGAGGAAAAAGCUUGACAUUGUAUACCAACCUUUGUUGUCAGUAACAGAGAUGGAAAAACGUAGCGCAAGUAAGUGGAGUGUCUGCUCGACUCCUGGCCAGGUGUGCGGGGGCAGAAUUGCACGGUGAGCGAUUGCCAGACUUUCCCUUCUGUUGAUCCUUAUGCCAGCUCAGCCACUAGUCAAUCAUAAAUUGUGAUUAAAACUAUCAGGUAAUUUUUAAUUGGAGAUCAUGGUGUGAAAUGUAUCUAUCCAGAGGUAACAUUAUAUAAAUAGAAUUUAACUGCAGCCUUUUUAGGUAUUAAAUACACAACAAACCUCCAAAAUGAAUUUGAGAGUAAACAUAAGGCAGUUUUCAGUGGAACAUUGAUAAUUUCUCAGUUUGCAGAUUUGUUUCUGUAGGUUUUCUUACAUGUUCUUCCCCUGCAUAAAAUAUCUUGCUUAAUAGUUAGGAAGUCCAAAUACUCUGAAUGCUUUCAAGAAUUUGAAAAUUUGAUUGAAAGUACAUUAUUUAUGAAAAUUUGAUUGAAAAGUACAUUAUUUUUACUAGAAGUAAUUUGACCCAAAACUCCUUUUAUAUUUCAUCUAAAAGUUGACGUUAUUUCUCCUAACUAUACACUAAAUUUUCAUGUGUUUUAACACACGCUUGGUGACUCUAUAUGCCUUUUGUGGCCUAGAAAUUUGAAACAGUCAAAACUGUCAAAAUUUAGGCUGAAUAUUCAAAAAGAAAAAGAAAAACAUUUAACUGGUUUUAGUCUCAGACUUAAAAUUUUCCUAAAGAUUUUGGUAAGAAAUAGACGUCUACAUUGUACGCAUUGAUGAAAGUUUGAAAAAUCUCUAAGUGUUGAGACACUUAAUGUCUAACCCAUGGGGCUCAGGUGAGCAUUGACGGUGCGGUGUGGAGGUCUACUGUCGGCUCUCAGUGUCUAUUGUCUGCCCGCCUAGGAAGUCAGCCUCCAGCCACCGGGCUCACACAUUCUCAUACUUUCUCAAACUUACUUUCUAGUUUUGUCAAAGGGAAAUAGCAUCUAGUGUGGCCCCGCCCAUCCCUCCCAAGCCCGGACCUACAGCUUUUUAGCUUUCUAUGUUCUAAUUGGAAUGAUCAUGUGCAUAGUUGCCGGGUUGCUGUUGCAUCAACUCAGCACAUACUGGCGUGGCCAAGGUAUGGGCUAAAAUUUAUUCUUGAUUGGACGUUUAAAGUGUUUACUCCAUUGUUAAUGUUGGUGUAGUAUAGUCAGUUAUUGACAAGUUAUAAGAAAGCGUAAAACUUUACCACUUUUACAAAAUAGGUUUUGGGUUUUUUUUUUUUUUAGCUUUUUUAAUCGAAGCAUCAAACAAUGGGAUGCCUGUGUACUUGUACAUAAAAGCAAAAUUAUGACUGAGUAAAAAGAUUUAAUAUAUAAAAAUAUCAAAACGGUCAAGCAGUAUUAGGCCUGAAUAUGGUGGAGUACCCCUUGAUGUCAUGCUGGCAGUUUACAUGUCGUGGGGCAGAACCCAGCAAGUCCUGGUUCCAGAUGUUAAUAUGCGACUUCUGGGUGUGAGUAAACAUCUCAUUUAACCUCACUGUGCUCAGCUUUGAAAAGAACAAAGAUUUAUACCUCUGUACAUGUGGAUAGAUUUUAGUGUCCUGUUUUGAUACUAAUUUUAAAAGUUGUUUAACUUCUCUUGAUAUCUUGGUAAAAGUGGCCAUAAGAUAAAUCAUUUGAAUAUAUUUGAUUUUGUCAUAAAAUUUAUAAAAUGUGUUUCCCAUUAUAUUGAGAGUUUUAUUUUAAAAGCUCAGUUUCCCUUAUAUUUCUAGCACCCCUUGGCCAUCAUGGUAGACAGAAUACUGAGAAGGCAAGUGGGCAGGGCAGCGGGGAAUGAGUGUUCAUUUUCUUGUGACAUUUUGCCUUAAGAAUAAAGGUGCAUUAGCGCUGCUGAUUGGCAAACCUAGUCUUACGUAAUGUGGCAUGACAGAGAAGGAAUAGGAGUUGCUUUCCUGGCCUUGAAGAAGUGCCUCGUAGGUAGUCAGGAAGUCACAGCUAAGUGCGGGGAGCUUGAGGACAGGCAGGAGGUCCCUAAGGUGUCUUUUCCUUUGAGUGUGUAGUAUUAAGUUGCCGAGAAGAGGGAUGGUGUUGGUCCUCUCUUCCAGGCACUUUAUAUUUCUUGCUGUAGCUACAGCAAUCACAUACAGUACAGACAACCUCAAAAUCUGUUUAUAUUAGUGUAAAUAGAAAAAUCAUAGACAGCUGUCUAGUUUUCUCUGCAGGCAUUUUUAGAAAUGCAUCUGUAGUCUGUUCUACUUUGUUAAUAGGGGGUAACAGCACAUCCUAGAUCAUAUGUGAUCUUUGGGAUCUUCUAAUUGCCCGUGGUAUCCUGGUAUCAUUCUCACUUUCCAGACAGCGUAGAGAGGGUUUCUUUACAUAUUUGACUGCAUCUGUUCUCCAAACACAAUGUUCAAUUUCUUGUUCAGGAGCAACUUUUAUACUCGGCUAGCCCUUGCUGUCCUGGUGUUUGCUCGCCACCAAUGAAGGUGGCUCUUUUUCCUCUGGUGGUAUUCUAAACGUUGCCCAUAGCCAUUAUUCCCAGACCAGUAGGUUUUCAGUAACCGCUUUAGUUCUGUCUGCCCUUGCGCCAGUGACUUGACUCACCGCUCUGGACCUUUGCCUCAGAGAUCCUAUCAGGAGGCUAGAUCCAGGUUAUCGCAUAUAGAUGCCAGUACAAGAACCGUGUUAUUCUAUAUUUAAUUCUGCUUGAUAUUAACUUCUUAUGCUGACAGCUAAAUUCAGAAAGACAAGAAAAAUACAUAAUUUCUGGUCCUUGAUCUAUGUGAAUUAGGACCAAAGGCCAUUGUCACAUUCACAUUAUCCUCAGAGCAGUGAGAAUGGCGAUGUGUUGGAGAACACCAAUUCAGCCAGCACAAGAUGGAAAACGAUGACAAAACUAAUUAGGUUUGAGCCUGAAGAAAGCCGAAAAUGUCCUCCAUUCCGUUUUCUUCAAACAUUUUUUUCAUGUUUGCUUAAAUAGCAAAGAUCAGCAUUAAAUGUCUAAAGGAAUUUGUAAUUUGAGACCUAGUAUUACAAAGUAAACCUGCUGAAACAAGCUUUAAAAGUAAAAUAAGCAAUAUGUGGUGACGUAAGUCUAAUUCCAACACUCAAGAACGAGAGACAGAAUUGCUGUGAGUACUAGGUCAGCUUGGGCUAGUAUCAGCCACCAAGACGACAUAGCAAGAGACAGGAAGGAAGGAAGGAUGAAAAACAGCAAUCAGCCAUUCUGUGUUUCUGUAGAAUUGAUGUAAUAGAAAAGAUGCAGGAUGCUACUUACAACGUAUGUGCCACGAUCGUCAGAGCAGGUGCAGUCGUGAAGACCCCGAUGGAAGAGUAAGGGAAAGCAGAGUUUAGCACUCUGGAUGCUUAAGAAGUGAAAUUGGGAAGAAAUAUAACAGGAUACAAUUGGGAUAAUUAUGCAAUAUUUCAUCUUUUCAAUUCUCUCUGUACUGUUCCUAAAAUGGAAGGGUGAGUCUCUUUGGUGUUGCCUGCUCAGUGUGUGGAUCUUUUCUUUGGUAGCGAUUUCUCAUAGUGCGUACUUAAGAAGUGCCUGACAUUAAUUUGUGUUGAUUUCUAAGUCCAUGUAAUAAAUGAUACAUGUUUUCUAUGGCA